AUGUCUCAAAAUUGUACUCCAAAUUUAUAUAAUAAGAAUACUCCCAAUUCAUUUGGUGAUAAUUCAAAUAAUUCAAAUAACAAUAAUAACAAUAAUAAUAAUAAUAAUAAUAAUAAUACUCAUGGCACUCCCAAUAAUACCAAUCAUUUUAAUAAAAGAAUAUCAGAUUCUCAUGCAAUUAAUGCAAAACAAUUAUUAAAUGCUUAUAUUUAUGAUUUUUUAAUUAAAAGUAAAUUGGGUAGAACUGCUCAAAGUUUUGUAUCAGAAGCUGAUUUACCAAGUAUAGAAACAACGACCUCAACAACAACAACUAAUACUAAUAAUAAUAAUAGUCAUAAUUCACUGAAAAAUUCUCCUAAAAUAUCUCCAAAUGCCUCACCAAAUAGAGAUAAUAAUCUUCCUUCUAUUUCUUUGGCUAUGGAUGUUCCACAGGGUUUUCUAUAUGAAUGGUGGCAGAUAUUUUGGGAAGUUUUCCAAUCAAAAAAUACUACCAUUAAUAAUAAUAAUAAUAAUAAUAAUAAUAAUAAUAAUAAUAAUAAUAAUAAUAAUAAUAGUGAUAAACCUAACUUAGCAUUACAAUAUUAUCAAUUACAAUUAUUAAAACAAAGGCAAACUCAACAAGAUUUACCACAAAUUCUAAAUACAAAUUUAAUGCAACAACAAAACCAUCAAAAUCAUCAAAAUCAUCAAAGUCAUCAAAAUCAUCAAAACCAUCAAAAUCAUCCUCAACAUCAACAAAUAAAUCAACAAAUAAAUCCAAAUCAUCCUCAUCAACAUCAUCAUCAAAUGCAAUUACAACAACAAAUAAAUCAACAGCAGCCACCUCAUCCUCAUAAUCACCAAAUGCAUUUACAACAUCAUCAAAUGGGUGUACCACAACCACCACCACCACCUGUACCACAACCACCACCAACUCAAAUUCAACAACCACAAAUUCACCUUAAUCAACACCACGGAGUUCAAAAUCAAAUACCACAACAACAAAUGUUUUUAAAUCAAAUGCCCCCAAAUGAAAAGAUGAUGUAUUUAUUUCAAAAACAAAGACAACAACAGCAACAACAACAACAGCAACAACAACAACAACAACAACAACAACAACAACAACAACAACAACAACAACAACAGCAAGCUAACACUUCAACUCCACAUAUACAACAACAACAAAGUAUGGAUGUUAUUCAUCAACAACAAAAGUUGAUGUCUGCUGCUGCUGCUGGAACUGCUGCUUCCAAAAUACAGCAACAGGCACAACAACAAAUGAGUCUGUUGCGAGCACAACAGAUUCAAUCUAAGGCUCCUAACGCAUUAACCGAAUAUCAAAAUCAAUUGAUGCAUUUGGAGCAACAGAAUAAAAAGAGAUUAGAAAGUGCUCGCAACAGUACCCAUUUGGAUUUACCACCAUCUCAAAAGAAAACAAGAAAUAAAAGAAAACUUUCUAGUGCUGGCACUGGUGAGUUUCCAUUGACUCCAGUUUCUGAACCAACAACUGAAGCUAAAAAGAAACAAUUGAAGAAAGAAGAUAAUAAAAAAGAUAUAAUUAAAGAAGAAGCUCCUCAAGCUCCUGUACCACCACCACCUCCACCACCACAAGCAGCACAAGCUAUCACAUCAAAUUCAACUACUACUAAUGAAAUUUUUAAUGUUGACUUAUUAGAUGGUACUUCUCAAACUUUAGCUAGCAAUGGUACUAAUGGUAAUCCUAGUGCUGGUGGUGGAUUUGAAGAUAUAGAUUUUGAUAUUAAUGAAUUUUGGAAUGAUAAUGGUAAUACUGGAAAUAAUGGUAAUGGUGUAGCAGGUGAAAUUGAAAGUAUUGGCUUUAAUUGGAAUGCAAUUGAAAAUGGAGAUUGA